CAACUAUACAGCCUUUAUGGCAUGCCGCUCCUCUCCUCCCCCCACUUCGAAUUCAACCCAGAGCCCCGAGAAUCAUGGGCAGCAAUCUUCGCCAGAGUAACAAUCUCAAACACAGAUCAACGAAAGGAGGCUCGGAGGCUCCUCUGCCCCAAAGACUCCCCGCAAACUCCUGGGACAGCCACAUACAUGUCGUAGAAGAACCCUCGCGCUACCCUCUCUCCACCACCGCCGACUACCAGCCCAGCAAGUCGCACACCCUCUCCGAUGCUCUUGCUUUCACGAGAACCACAGGCAUCCACAACGUCGUCCUCAUCCAGCCUUCCAUCUACGGCUACGACAAUUCCUGUCUACUCGACAGCCUCCGGCAAUUGGGGCCCAGGCGUGCUCGCGGCGUUGUAUGCUUCGACGCCGCCACCAUCGAUGAAGAGACCGGCCAGCACGGUGGUGACAGCGUUCUGUCAACCUGGCACCAGCUCGGCGUCAGAGGGGUGAGGCUGAAUCUUGUCUCCGUUCCGCAAGAGCUGGACGCAGGCGAACUGGCGCGCAUGCUCCACGAGUAUGCGGAUCUCAUCCGCGACUACGGCUGGGUGCUGGAGCUCUACAUACGCAUGGAGACCAUGCCAGACCUCGCGACCAUCGUGCCCUCCCUGGGCGUCAAGGUGUGUCUGGACCACAUUGCAAACCCGAAACUACCCCCGCGCUCCUCGUCGCCGUCGUCGCCGUCGUCGUCGCCAUUGAACCCGUACGACCUGGUUGGCUUUCCCGCCCUCAUCUCCCUGCUGGAGAAGGGCAGCACGUACGUCAAGAUAUCCGGGCCGUACCGGCUCAGCGCUGACCCGCAAUUCCACGACGUGGGCGCGAUGGUGCGCGAGCUGAUGCGCGCUGGUCGGGAGCGGUUAGUCUUUGCGACGGAUUGGCCGCAUACCCGCUUUGAGGGCGUCGAUAUCGCCCCGUUUACUGAGGCCUGUCUGGGGUGGUGUGCGGAGGCGGACCCGGACAUGGCGGAGAGGCUCUUUCGGCGUAAUGCGGAAGAAUUGUGGGAUGUUACUGCGCUGUGAGAUAAGGCUCGCGGUGGGAAAUGGAACCGCUGAUGAAGAUCAAGCGGAGAUUGGUGGAGAGGCGAAGUUCGAGGAUCCAGAGAGGGAAGAACUAGAUACCCUUAAAUACUCCUUUUUACAGAUCUAUACAGAGUAUGUGUUCUGGAGAUGCUUUAACCGCCCGCGCCGACCGCUAUGAACUACGAUGAUGGCCUCUUCGUUUUUCACGAACUGCUCCCCGUUGCACACUGCUUUCUACAUCUGUCACAAAACUAAUGACAAUGAUUUGGCUUGGUCUCCCCCCACACACUUCACCGACUUCCUUGCAGUUCACAAGCAAAAAGGGCUAUUACAGGGAGAAAAGUUCUGAGAAUUCCUAGACCGAAAGAAAGAAUAAAACGUAUAAAAUAUAAAAAAAAAAAUUAGAAUAAAAUUUUCAAAU